UCAAACAAACAAACUCUUCAGCUUUAUAUAUUAGUAUAGAAGUAUAGAUGGCUGACCAUAUAACAAUAUGAUACUACUCAACUCACUAAAGAAAACUAAAGACAUCUGUUUUUUCGACUCGAUCUCAUCAUCUUGGGAAAUAAAAUUGUUUUUUCUUUCCAUGUACCUUUUAAUUUCAGCCAGCAUACGUUAGUAUUGUAUCUAACAAGCUUGCUAAAUUGUCAAUAAACGAAAAUAGUUUGAGGUUUAAUAACUGAUAUGCUGUGCCACCUAUAGAUAUGGAAUAUAUGAGUUGGUUCAUGAAGUUCGCGCCUCGUAGAUGACGGGAAGGCGACGAUUCGCUCCAAUUGAAGCUUGCAAUUUAUCACUAAGCAUUGCAUAUUGUAGCUGCCUAUCACAAUCAAUCCGCACGAGUGCCAGAUAAUACCGGUCGAUUUAGAAUAUAUAGCCAAUUGCAAUGUCCUUGUUGUACCCCAGUUCGAACCUGUGACGUUGUUUGCGCGGAUAAAGGAGGUGGUACAUUGUAAAAACUCUUUAUACAAAUUUUAUUAGAGUUCUCGUUAUGUAUUCCUGGUUCCGUUUAGUUGCGUUCCUUUAUCACAUUUUUAGAGUUCCAUACGUCUAGGGUGUGAAUGUAACCCUAUUACUACUUGCUUGCUGUCUUUUCGUCUAUCCUUCCUUCCGUCAUAUGGUUGUAUUGCAUGAAACAUGACCUAACAGUAGAAUCAUUUAUAAAUGAUGUGUGUUUGUUGCCACUAUGAUAACAAAUACUAAUAAUAAAAAUCAUGGUUAAGCAGCGAUUGUAAAGGACAUAACUUUGAUGGGCGACCAUUUUUUUUUUUGUAUUUUUCCUAUUGCCGUCAGUGUCUCGAGUCUGACUAUGCGGUUUUUUGUGCUCAUUUUAUAAUUACCUAUAUUGUUUUUCGGGUAGAUUAAGCAAGCGUUACUUGCUAAAUUCGGCUACUGUAUAAUCUUAUCAAAUUCGGUCAAGACGUUUUGAAGAUAAUGAUCUUAAAAAGUGUCGAAAAUCAGUUUUUUAGUCCUUCACAAGCAACGUAAAUAUUUACUAAAGUGGACAGUUUUGAUGUUUUUCACAAAUAUUCGCAAAAGCUUGUCGUGUCACGAAUUUGGCUCCAUUUCACAAUUUGUUACUUUAAAUAGUUUUGUUUUCUUGUUCCCAAAGACACAGAAAUGAUGCAUUUAUUCAUUUAGCAAGGUCCAACAGUUUUCAGUAGACAGUAUUUUUUUGAACAAGUCAUUAACUGAAAUUAUCGUUUUAAGCGAUAGCAUUACCUAAAUUGAGAAUUACGCGAUAUGACGGACAAUUUGCAAAGCUCUCAUGUUCUGGAUACUCGCUUGUAGAUAUCAUAUUUUCGAAUGUUUGAAAGAAACGAACAUUAAUCAUUGUCAUGUUAUUAAAACUUGCUGAUAGAUAGCUGCCUAAAGCAGUCUGAGACAAGCAUUUUCUUUUGGCAUUUCUCUUACAACACAGGCUACAUUUCGUGUUUAAAAAAAAUAAUCUUCGUUUGUUUCUCUCUGCUCUCAUCAUCGCGGCAACGUUCCUAGGACUUAUGCGUCUGAAAUCGACCUAACAUGACUUUGUUUUUCACUGUACAUUGAUUCCGAGGGCAGAUGAAACGCAUUCCCUUUUCCAUCACGUGCAAGUCACGUGCGCCCCGUUAUAAUGUCAAAAGGUCGGUCUAUAUAAAGUUGAAUCAUUUCUUACUACUGUUCAAUAAAUGUGUGGACAAUCACGUAGAGUACGUUUAAUUGAGAUAUAUCGUAUGCACUUACAGUGCACAGACUAUAUGUGUCGUGAUUAUCUUUCUCGUUAAGUGAUCAUUAGUUAAUGACGAGUGGUUGAGUAUUUGAUAGACGUGUGUUGUGAGUGAGACUUGCUCGGGAUAUCUCGUCUUAACGCGAUACUAUACAAAAAUGAGUAAGCUGUGCAGACAGGUUUCCAUCGAGUCCCCCGGGCCGACGCUGCGCGAGUGCGUGUUCAGUUUCGACGUCCCCGUUCCCGACGUACCGAUGUACGGCGCUCGCAUCCGCGUGGUGUACGCCGGCGCUUGCUACCGCCAGUCCAGGCCCACCCGCUCGGCCUCCGUCUGCAGUACCUCCUCCAUAUCCUCCAUAGGCAGUCUCUCCGGCGAAAUGGAGAACUUCGGCAUCCACACCCACACUACGCCCGCGCAUAUAGGUUUAAGGGACGGCGCCUUGUUCCCAGGGUACGAGGUCGCUGGCGUCGUCGACGCGAUCGGCAAAGCAGCCGAGAAACUCGACGGUAUUAAAGAAGGAAGCAGGAUCGUUUUGUACCCUUACGAGGGAGUUCCGAACGGUUAUGCCGAGUAUAUAGUCGUGCCAGAUUUCAAAUGUUUGGUGCCCAUACCUGAUCAGCUGCCGCUGAGUGUGGCGGCCAUGUUGCCUACUGGGGCGUUAUUAGCGAUGAACACGGUGUACACUGCGGGCGAGUGUCUCAAGCGGGUGUUGGACGGGCCCUCUAAGAAGGACAGCACGACGGUUCUGAUCGUGGGCACGGGCGGGCUGGCGCUGUGGGCGCUGCGCAUCGCCACACAUCACUUCAAGCACGGCGCGUAUAGCAACCGCAUCAGGAUCUGCGUCGCCACGCUCAAGGACGAGGGCUUCAUACUGGCCAAGGGGUGUGACGAAGUGAACGUGGUGCAGUGGACGGAGGACUUGUACGAGAAGCAGCUGAUCGAGCGCACGACGGACGCGUGCGGCGGUCCCGUCGACGUCGUUCUCAACUUCGGUACCACCUCCCGGUCUCUGCAUCGCUCGCUACAGUGCCUCGCUAAUGGUGGUGUAGUACUUGUCACCGAGGACGUCGGUGAAAAACUCCAGCCGAAAUUCGCGAAGAAAGUGGAGGAGUCGAAUGUGAACAUAGUCGUCGUGCCGAACGGCUCCAUAGAGCAGUUGAAGGAACUGGUCACGUUAGUGGCGCGGGGCGAGAUCGAGCCGCCGCCGCACUCCGUGUUCCCGGCCGAGGACGCCCAGGAGGUCGUGAGGAAGCUCUGCAACUCCGAGAUCCAAGGCCGAGCCAUCCUCAAGUUCCACAACAUCGACUAGGCUCGUCCGACACCAGCCCGCACGCAACUCUCAUGUUUUGCUUAGAUUAGACGGUACGUAGCACGUAUAGUUUAGAGCUGUCAACAUUUGGACGAUUGGACGUUGAAGCGGACCCGGCGAGCGGACCAGAGCGAACUGGAAAGAAACUUCUAGAACUCUGCCUGAAUUGGUUCACUUGGUUGACUUCGAACACGUUUCUGAAUCAGGCUUCGGGGAAACGACAGACCCGUCGGGGCAAUAGCAGACGCUGACUACAGAAAUUAUUAUCUUUAGAUUUUAAGUUCGAAAAAACGUGUUAUUUUUAAGGUAUCUCACUUUGAUAGCAAUACACCAAAGCCUCUUGUACCAGUUGUAAAGCUGUUAUUUUAUAUAAUUCUUCACUGUUCGGGCCAGUUCAUCUUCAUCACUUUUGUUUUAGUCCCCUACCGCUUUGUACUGUUUUGCGAAUGUUUUGUGAUCAUUCUUACUCUGCUGUAUUAUAUAUUUGAGUGACGGUAAAAGAUUUUAGGAUCCCAAAACCUCAAAACUCUGGAACCUAAUAGCUUUAUGCAAUUUUUUUAAUUGUAUGCUAAGCGAACUAUUUACACUUGUAUUCACUGCUGACGUCUCCAUUAGACUCAUAUUCCCUAGCUGAGCGGUGUUUGAUAUAAUUUUGAUACUUGACGUAUUUAAAUAACGAUGACAUUAAAAGUGACUGCUCUGAAAAUUUGGCACAUGAUACUGAGGCGUAUCUGUAAGUUUCUUUAAAGGUGUUGUGUUUGGUAAUCUAAUGGCUACGUGUAAUAAGGUGUGUCGUGUCCCGCGCCCGGCCAGAGUGUUUCUCAUGGCAUACGCGGUGGUUACUCGCCAGCCAGACUCGCCUAGUACAGAACUACUAUCAUACCUAGAUGUGGUCAUUAUUACCCCGAACGAACUCGAACCUCUUAUAAACUGAACUCGUGACCUGCGUUACCCUACACCGUUUUAAUUCCUUUGUUUGAGACUAUUAGCUAUUGGAUGUUUGUAUUAUAUUAUCAUUUAUAUAUCGUUCUAUACUAAAAUUGUAUAUCUUGCGGCGCUAGGAAAAUACACUUAACGUAAACUCUUCGAUCAUAUAUAUUUUAACAAAUUUUAACUUUGCUUACUUUAUCAAAUAAACUUAUUUGAACGACGAGUAUUUUUAAGAUUUCUUUUUGAGCUAAUUUCAUGAGAUGUAUAUGUGUUGUGUUAGUAUUUCUAUGACUAUCUGUAUGUGGUGGUUAUCUAAUUUCAUAUGAAUUUUAAAGUAACAUUUUCAGUAUUAUUGGUAUAUAUGUCAUAAAUUUCACCUUGUAUCACCUUGCUCUAUUCGUACGAUGACAGACAGGACCGCCUCUCGCUGCUUUACCAAAAAACCUUUAAGUGACUGUAACGAAGGGAAGCGAAUGCGCCCGAUUACUAACGUCAUCCAUUCCAGACCGUCUUACGGUAUAAAUCGAUCAUAAAAGUAUCGAAUAGAAAAUCGUUUGAAGCGUAAAAUGUAAGAAAAAUCAUUGCAUCUGAUCGUAUGACUCGAUACGGAGGCGAGAGUUGUAUCGAUUAGUAUCGAUGUGAUAUUCAGCGUCCUGUUCUCGAUGGUGUCGUGCGACAUCCGCGUUCGCGUCCGAGUGCGGCGCGCGGCUGUUUCCGCGGCCGCUGUACGCGCGCCUCAGAGAGCGGCGUCGUGCAUGCGCCUCGCUCAGCUCGUACUCAGGCUGUUGCGCGACGUCCUCAGACGAGGAUGGGUCGCGCAGCCUGUCAGCCCUAGCCUACUAGGGUCCUUGGGUCUAGCUCCCUAGGUUACUAGGUCCUACAGUUCUAGGCAAGUGUCCUAGAGUUCUAGGCUACGUUCCUCGAAUCGUAGGGUCUAGUGUCCUAGUCUAUUUUCGUCUGGUGGCCUAGGGGCCUACACCCUUUGCUUAGGUAUUGAAUUAAGUAAGACAAAUAAAUACAGAAAAAACUAUUUUUAUAAAUGUUUAACAUUGGUUUUCAGAAAGCGUUUUAUUUUUUUUUAAAUUUAAAAAUUAUUAGUGAUCCACAUCAAGGUUUACUUUAGUUAAAUAUCAUCAGUAUAGGAGCUAGUGCCCUAGGAUACUAGGCCGCGCAGUAACUCCCAUAUUAGAUCUCAUUUAAAUCGGCUUUCACAAUCUCUCACUUUUUGGUCUCUCAGAAUUAGUAUGGGUUCGUACUAUGAGUGUUUUAUUAGAUAUACGUAUGUAUCAUGCUAUCCCCUUAUGCCAACUUUGAUGUUUUCAUUCCAAAAACUCGGGUAUUAACAGCUCUCGCCAAUUCUUCAAGCGACCGUGUAUGAAUUCGGUUGAUACAUUUUUCUUGUCUUGAAAUUUUGGUAGCGUGCCAGGUGCAGAGAUUCAUUAGUUGCAGAGAUGAGUACUAAGUGCCCAAUACUAUGUGAAAUUUAAAACCAAUCAUGGCUAAAACGAUCUAUAGAUCUCGUAAACGCCCAGUUUUGGUCAGUGCGUCAACAAGGGCAAUCGAUAGAUUUAUUCCAAAUACUUUUUUCAAUUUAUAUAUCUUAACCCUAUUUAAAUAAGGCUGUAAUGGCUGUUUUGUGAGAUGUCGCGAACAGGACUGAACACCUGUGGUAGAUACGGAAGUUUUCGCCUUAUUUGAUUCAUAACAUAGCGAUACAUUCUUCUAAAAUUAAGUUUGAAAUCCUUGAGCUAUCGGCGAUAGUGUGACUGAUUCUUAUAUUGGAAAUUAUGUUUAUUUUAUUAAUAUUGUAUACGAUUAAAAUUUUCUAGUAUUAGUUAGUUAUUAUUAGGUUAGAAUUUGGAAAAAAAUCCGCGUGUUUAUGCUUUAAUUAUUAGAGAUUACUUGUAGGCUUGUAAGAAUAAAUAAUGUAUAAUAUGUAUUAUGUAUAUCGAUAGAACGUUCAGUUUUAUGAAAGUUAUUACUUGACCGAGGCAAAUAUAGAAGGAAUUUGUGCCAUAAGAUGUGAAAAAACGCUCGAAAGAGAAAUCUUUAAACUAUUUUCGGUCGUGACAUAUGUAUGUAAAAAUUGAUAUAUGCAACGGGCAUACCGUUCGACUACCAAAUGCAGCUAAUCCCGUGUCAACUAUGAAUGUAUGUAUGUAUUUUGGAUUUUAAAUUCCGGGGGAUAGCGUAAACACUUUAAAUAGGUCGCGUCUUAUGUCGCAAGUUGAUCCCUUUUUGUUUUGGCGACGAGCGACGUUAUAAAUUGUUCAAUUUUCAAUAUGUUUAUUGGUUGGUGAUAUUAACAGUAUUUUUUAUUAAUUUCAAAAGGAGGAGAAUUUAAUUUUCAUAUUAUGACGAUUUAAGUAGUUUUAAGAUUUUAAAUUUAAUUUGGACCUAAAUUCUUCUUAAUUGACUACGUAUAUUGUGAAUGACUUAAAGUGGCCUAAAUUUGAAGUGCUCAUUAAAUAGUAAAUGUCUGCAAAAUAGGGAAACAAAGAUACUAUAACGAGAAACUUGGAAGCAAAAUACGGGUUCAAGGGUCUAACGUUCCGUAUGCUAGACUCUCGGAAACAAACCAGCAUAGUUGAACAAGGACCUACAUUAGUAAAACCGGGAACCAACAUGCCGGGUAAAAAUAGCAACAGCAUAGCGCAAAGCAUAAAACCAAUAUAGGGUAACAGGUAAAUUAGGAAAGCAAGAGGAAAAAUAACCAGAUAUAAGGCCAUAAGCUAUCCACAUAAUCAUUAUCUAACAGAAUGACGUCAGAAUUUUAACCUCGAAUACAUUGUAACGCCUCAAGUCCACUUGCAGUGUGUAAACUUGAUAAUUAGAAACUAAACAAACGAUAUCGCAAGAGGCUAUAUUUAGCGUUGUGACUUGUGACAUGAACUGAUACUGCAUACAAACAUGCUGAGAUUAAGAUCAAUGCUAAGUCAUGUGAAUGUGUUCAGAAAAAUCGUUUUGCGAACGCCUAAAUUACUAAUAAAAGUUCAUGGAGAUUUGCGCAUUGCUGCUUUUCUCUGACUUAUCUUUUUCCAGUAUAACAUUCUUUCCCAAUGUCUGGCGAUAAUGUAUGAGAAAAAAUCCAUAUGGUCUGAGUGCCUACCUUACCUUUACAAUUAUCCAAACGACCCAAAUCCAAUACUUUUCUGCACGCAUUAGUGACGGUCGAAUCGUUUGUAAGCGGAUGACCGCAAUGUUUUGGAGCAACCGGUUACAUGCGUCCGUGCAACUUCAGAUAGAGAUAAUAGCAUAUUGAGUACUUCCGUGUGGAGACUUCGUAAGCUGGCCUGGCAUUGUUGCACUCUCGGAUCUGUAAGGAAAUGACUGGGUCGUAUGACAGUAACAGAAUUUUUGGACAAACCUUCUAAAAGUAACACAGCCCUUAAGUAAAGGGGGCGUUUUAGAAAAAAAAGUUUUAUUUUGUCAUAUACUAUUCGUAUUUAUAAUUUCUACUAUUUUUUUAUACCAAUAAUUAUUAAUUAUUGAUUUCGCUUAUUUUGUUUCUUGUGUAAUCGUUCAAUUAACACAAAAACAAAUCUGAAGCUGAUUCUUCACCAGCAGCUGGUUUAUCCAACGUUUGCGUCCUAAUUAAUAGUAAUACCAGCCUAUAAACCUCUAACAGCUGCGCCCUUUGGAAGUUUCCCGUCAAAUGGUCUACAAUUGAUCGCCACGCUUGCCUAAAACAUUUAAUUAUUUGUAUUUUAAUAAAUAUUGCUACAUCAUUGGCUGUGCACAUUUAUAUAACGAGUUUCCAUCGCACGUGCGCAAUUCAAGGAACGAAGAACAUUUGGUAAUGUCAAAAAUAAAAACCGUCAGUUUACGCGUCAGAACGCACGAAGGAUGGGUCAAAUUAUACAGUCGCCAAUUUAGAUCGUGAUCGCAUCUGCUUGUAGGAACGAGUUGAAUAGGCACCGAGGAUUAUUGUGUAUCCUCUCACCCAGUAGCCCUCGCUUGUAGAUAGGAUCACAUAUCCCAAUGGCGUUUACCAAUACAAUCUAAAUGACGCACCUAAAAAUCCAGAUCACACAAAUCCCCAUACGGGGAUCCAGCUUGCAGCACAUCGGGCUAUAUGUGUUCUGGUCUGGUGUUUCGCUUUGCUAUCCAAGCAGUCGUUUCAUGGCAUUUAUAACUCAAUUAAGUAAAGGAUUCUGAUUUUUUCUGAUCUGUUUUUUUUUGUCUAAACCGUCAUCGGCAAAAUUUAUUAAUGUCUCCCUAUGCCCAUUGCUAGGAAGCAGAAUUGUAUACCGCUAAUACCAUAGAAUGACCACACGCUUAGUAUCUACCAUCCUGCUAUGCCAGUGUAACGAGCCAUAUUCAGUAUAACAUGAAUUCCGCGGCUUCACCUGUCAACACAUCGAUUUCUAAGGGUCAACAAGACCAGAAAGAAUCUGGUUUUGUUGACUCUUAGAAAUCGAUAGCCUGAAGGAUUCCUCGUUACUUGAACUGUCAGACGCCAAAAGAUUUGCAAUUCGAACAAUUCGAUUUUGAUAUUAGAACGUACAAAUAAAUAUAAAAGCUUUCAGUUUUAUUUUAGAUUUUUAUAAUUAUGUUAAUUUAGAUUUUAGUGAUUAUCGUAGGUAUGAUAAGUUUGUACAUUUCUCUUGUCAUUCGAUGAGCUCUGCGGCAUUAUGUUUAAGUAAACACUGACUAACUAGUGUAGUAUCUUCCUAGGCUUAGCCUGGCUUACGGCCGGGCCACUCACUUCCAACUCACUCUUAUUUCUCGAACUACAGCUCACUUAACCAUACCCCAUAUAGUGGAUGUUGAAAUAUUUGGAAAUACUUAUUCAAGAAAAAAUAUAUCUUGGGUUGCAUUUGUAUUUUCUGGCAGAAAUAACUCAGUUCAAAAAGCUAGUAAUCAGUGCCAAGUCUAUGUAUAAAAGAUUCAAUUUUCGCAGUCCGGUAAAACGUCAAGUAUCUAAAAUCAAGACCGCUAAGCGAAAUCUUUAUUCGGGAUCACCACCUCUUAAAGUGUUGAUUUUGUUGGUCCCAGCUAGCGCCAGCGGUGAUUGCCAUCAAGACAUGAACGUCACACGAAUGUCACACUAGAGUCACACUAGAUUAAAAUGUAGGCAUCACGGUGAAAAAGUUACCAUCUAUUUAGUAAGAAGGCCGUAUAACAUGUAAGGAGGUGCGAAUACUGGCCUUAUAGGAAAGCCAAUAGAGUAGACACAUUAGACAUAUUGUCGGUGUGGGCAUGUGAUUGCAGAUUAAACUAAAUUGACAGUGUCAUCACAUGACAUGUUGAACUGAAAUUAUAACUACUAGCAAUGUGUAUAUGAGAAUGUAUCGAGCUUUGUGAAUUUAUUUCGGUGUGGGACAGCUGUAUUUUCCAAAUGUACAGACUGAACCGAUGGCUAAUUUGGCAGGAAAAUUUCUGUCACAAUAAAGGAGCUAUAACGCCAAAGACAGAAAAAAAAAUCCUGUCGUUUUUGCGUCGAGGAUCAAGAAAGAUACUGGUGUGUAUUUUAUAAUCAAAUUAAUUGCUUUUUAGUUCUAAUAUUGUUCUAUUACAGUACAAAAAAAAAUUGUGAGCCAAAUCAAAAAUAUAAUAACACAUAGGUGACUAAAAAUUGUCGUCUUCCCAUAAAGCAAUCGAUUAGUCUAUAAAUGCGUAGCAACUGUUGAUAAACGUUUCUGAAAAUUUUAAAAGUUUAUGUAGUAUACGUAUAUUUAUAUUUAAUAAAUAUAUUCUGGUUAGCCUACAAAGUUUGAGAGGUAUAUUUUCCUAUUAGCUAUGUUUGUCGCCCAUGCCUGCAAGUAUAGUCGUAGUAUACUCAAACCCUUUCACGAGUUCUGUAUUAGGUAACUACCGAAAAAAGCUUGUGUCGAUGGGGGGCUGUGAUACCCAGUCGUUGUGGGUUGUGGAUUUGUAAAGUGCGGUUGCCAGUUGUGAAUUGAAACCUGACCUUAACAAAGAGAACCGGUUACGCCAAAUAAAUAGUAAAAGCAUGAUGGCAGGUACGUAUUUGUUGCCCCAAAAUCACUCGCGAAAGGGUCGAUUAAGUAAUUUACACAGGAAUAGAACUAUUUUAUAACCUUAUUGUUAAAAAUAUGAAUAAGUACCAAGGUAAUUCAGGAAUUGAUUAAAAAACACCAUUAUACAUGUAGUAAGAUAUAUUUUAAUAAAAGACGUUGAUUGUCACGCUCUCAUAGUACAGAGGAUAUAUUUUAUGACCACAUAUUUGGGGAAAUCUUGAACACUUUUAUUUCUUUUAAAUGUAAUCAUCUUUCGUGUUGUUUUAUGUUUUUAUUUUAGAGUUUAUUCGAUAUUAUAUAAUUUUAUUGACGUACAAUCACAUAUUCAAUUUAUUUUAAUUAAUGUUAUUAGUUUCCCCACGAUGGUUUGAAAACGCUGUUGUUAUAUUAAUUAAAUACAUAAUUAAAGUAUGACUUUUUAAUUGGAUUAAAUUGAUAUACAUCAUACGUAUUUGGCGUGCUAAAUCGCCACUUGGAAGUCGGGAAAACUUUUCAUAUAUGUUUUUUACUAUCCUUAUAGUACGUCGAUGUGUAAGACGGUGCAAUUUAUCGUAAUCAUUUUAUAAUUAGUCAAUACAGUGUAUACCUAAUAUUCGCAUAAUACGUAGCUUUAUUAUUUAGUAAUAUAUUUAGACUAGUAUCGUAGUAAAUAUCGAUCGUAUUCGAGUACGUCGACGCCCGGAAGGUCACAAAUGAAUAUUGACACAAGUGUCUUUUUCUGUAUAAAGUUCUCUGCAUAAUGUAAUUUAGAUUUAAUGAACAUUAGUUAUAAUGACGUAUCAGUGCACUCGCAGUGUAAUUGGCACAAAUCUAUUCUUAGUUUCAUUGUCGGCGUGACGUCACACUGUCAACAAGUAUUGUCGUGAUAGCAUGGAACAUAGAAAUAGAAGGAAGUGGCGCUAAGGAUACGCGCGUGGCUCUACUUUGGCUUCGCAGUCUAAUUUUCGACGCUCUGUUGUCUUCAAAAAAAUAAAAUAAAAAUGAUGCCUAGUUGUUUGAUUUUCGCAUGCAUAAACAACGGUAAAGAAAUCUUUCGGUCAGUUUUGAAAUUUAACUCUUUCCAAUUAUUUUAAAUUCGUAUGAAUCGAAUUCGAUGACUCUGGUUUCAGUAAAACCUCUACAUGUCUUCCAUCUCUUCCAUCUACAUGUCUGUGUUCCAUGUGUUAUAUAAUGUUAUAUUUAUGAUGAUUGUCUAAAGACAUUGUUAAAAUUUAUACGCCUAGUCAGGACGAUUGGUAUCAAAGAUGUUUCGAGUAUAGUACAUACACAUAUGUAUUUUAUAGACAGGUAUUCUAUCUGAUCUAAGUUUAAUGUUAAGUGGACAACUGUAUGUCACUAAUUGUUAAUGUAUCUUUAUUAAAUAAAGUCAUUUAAAGUUUGU